ACGAUAAAUGGCUGGGGUGAAAUCUGUCGAAAUAUUAUCUGAAAGAGUUAAAUCUUGUGAUUUCUGGAGCCCUUAUUUGUGAUUGGUCAAAAGUUAGGCUAUGGGCUGGACCGUGGUCCGCUUUCACUGUUUGUGUGCAUAGGGACCGUGCUCGCUCGCUGGUACUAUCGGCAUACAAAAUUUAAAUACGAUUUCAGCUUUCAAGCACAAAGGGAAACCGAGUCAAACUUUACUUGGAUUUUCCGAUGGACGUUUGGCAUAAUUUCGCACAUCAGAACGCAACGUCCCUAAUUUCUGCGCUGGUCUUCGGUUUCAGGACCUGCUCAGUGGACACGCGAGAUUUUUUACUGCUUGACUUGUCUUGACUGCCUCCCAGGCGCAAUUUCUAGACUCAUCGUGCAUGUGUGUUGAAGGCGCUAAACACAAUUCUUAAGGAUUUGGAUCUGUGGUGGAAAGUAACUAUUCUGACCGAGCCGUCUCCACUGGUUUUUCGAUUUCCAAAGAAGCAGGACACCGCCAUCUGUCAGAGUUCACUGGUCUCCUCUCCUGUCUGACGAAAGAGUUUAGACCGAAAAGUUCAGACACAUACGCUCAGAGAUGGAGUUAAUCAAACGAAUGUUAUCAAGAUUGUUUUAAAAUGGGAAACAACAUGGAAGUUAACUUCUGCUGUUGGUAAUUUUAGAUUUGAAAACUAGAAGGCUGCCUCUGUCAGAAUGGGAUUUUUACAGGUUGUUCUGUUCAUUUUUGAGAUUAUUCUACUGUCUGACUGUGCAAGGGGUCCCCCACGGGUGGCGGAGAAAAUCGCACAUCGGCAGACAGUGCGAAUCGGACGCACCAUGAAGCUGCCAUGUCCUGUAGAGGGCGACCCGCCUCCCCUCAUCAUGUGGACAAAAGAUGGACGCAACAUACACAGCGGCUGGAUGCGAUUCCGCGUCCUUCCCCAGGGUCUGAAGAUCAAGGAGGUGGAGGCAGAGGAUGCUGGAACCUUUGUCUGCAAGGCCACCAAUGGUUUUGGCAGUGUCAACAUAAACUAUACCCUCAUUGUCAUUGAUGACUCCAGCUUAGGGAGAGAUGGGCCAGGGGCUGCAGGCGAAGGAGACAUAGAGUAUGCCACCGACGACCUAUCAGGGAAACUAGUUCGGCCACGCUUCACACAACCUGCAAAGAUGCGGAAGCGUGUGAUCGCACGUCCAGUGGGCAGCUCCAUUCGGCUCAAGUGUGCAGCCAGUGGGAAUCCACGUCCAGACAUCGUCUGGCUAAAGGACAGCAAGCCACUGACACCACAGGAAGUAGGAGAGGGACGCAAGAAGAAAUGGACCCUGAGCCUAAAGAAUCUGACCCCUGAGCACAGUGGGAAGUACACUUGCCGUGUCUCCAACCGUGCUGGUGAAAUCAACGCCACCUACAAGGUGGAAGUCAUACAGAGGACAAACUCUAAACCCAUACUGACCGGAACUCACCCGGUCAACACCACAGUGGAUUAUGGCGGGACUACAUCAUUCCAGUGCAAAGUGCGCAGUGAUGUCAAGCCAGUUAUACAGUGGCUGAAGCGGGUGGAGCUGGGUGAUGAGAACAAAUACAACUCCACCAUUGAAGUGGGUGACCACCGUUUCGUAGUGCUGCCCACUGGUGAGGUGUGGUCACGACCUGAUGGCUCCUACCUCAACAAGCUGCUCAUCACACGUGCCAAGGAGGAGGAUGCUGGCAUGUACAUUUGCCUAGGUGCCAACACCAUGGGUUACAGCUUCCGCAGUGCCUUCCUCACUGUUUUUCCAGACCCCAAGCCACCCAGUGCAACCAUGCUCACCCCAACCUCCAGUGGCCUCCCCUGGCCUGUGAUUAUCGGGAUCCCAGCAGGUGUGGUGUUCAUCUUUGGAACAAUCUUACUGUGGUUGUGCCAGUCCAAGAAACAGUGCUCUCCACCAGCAGUAGUCACUGCCCAGGCAAUGCCAGGGUCCCAUCGCCAGCCCCCACGGGACCGAGCCAAUGCACCCCCCAGCCAGGACAACGACUGUAUGGGGUCUGUCAGUUAUGAGGACUGCCUGGCCCAGCAGCAGCAGCUCCUCCUCACACAGGGGAGCUCCACACUUGCCCCAAAAAUGUACCCCAAACUCUACACAGACAUCCACACACAUACCCACUCCCAUGUGGAUGGAAAGGUGCAUCAACACCAGCACAUCCACUACCAGUGUUAGCUGACCACUCACUUCCCACUCAUCCUCCCUCCAAAUUCCCUACAACCCCCCCCCCCCCCCCACCCCAUCCCAUCCUCCCAUAACCCUGCUCUCUCGAAUCAAUGCCCUCUCCGGACUGCACCCAAGGUCGAAUGCCCCAAAAGCUGGAUGUCUGAAAGAAAAGCCUAUCACUGCCGCACUGCUUUCAUGGAACAGGGUCAGUAGUGUACUGUGGAAAGGGAGAAUCAUACUUUGAAUUCACCCAUAUUAUGGACACAUAGAAGGUCUUCCAAAGUCUCAGCCAUUUUGAGGAGAUGUCAAAGUAAAUGGUCAGCAGUUGAGAAACACUGUUAUUUGCUAAAUCCCAGUUCGAUGCCAUAGUUUUUGUUGUUGUGUAUUCUACAACAGAAGCAGGGCCACCGUCUGUUACCUGCCUGACUUCACCUUGCACCUCUCUGGCUUGGUGUCGAAUAUAAUCACAGAUUCCAUGGAACAGACCAAAAGGAAAUCCUGAAGUGGCAGCAUGUUUCAUCCUAGAUGCAAGUAAACUUCAGCAAACAGCACAGGAUUACAGUACUGUGAAAACUGCAUGCAUAUUUUUUAUUUGCCAUUGGAUUAAGAAUACACUAACAUAUCUCAACGAUAUGUACAGGCCACAUGGUUUAUAAGUUCUUGCAAAAAGUAAAAAUAAAGUAACUGUAAUACCUGCACCAAAGUACAGCAAGGUUCAUUUCAAUCUGCACUUCAAAGUUUUGUAUUGGCUUUAAAAGGUACUGUCAGAAACGAACUGUGUCUUACCUGGAUUCAUUUAUGGAAUUGCUUUUCGGAGCCAGAUAUUGGACCUCAUAGAAAAUGGUGAAAUAAUAUAUACAUUUCUUGGGUUUUUCAUGAAAUCAGGAAUUUGGGAGAUUCACAUAACUAUUCACCACGUUUUCUUGCACUUAUUUGGUUCUAAGAAGGUGAAUGUGGUUCAAAGCAUUCUGGCCCACACUCAAAGAAGUACCCUACCUGUGAGUUUAUUCUUCCAGCAAAGUAAUAUUUGUGUGGAUGUAUAUGGAUGGUAGGGCCCAAGGGGGGUUCUAAAUCACAAGCAAUGGAUCAUUGGCCUAACGGAAUUAACGGACAUUAGGAGGUGCGGCGUGGACCACCUCGUGUUAUUGUCUUCCAGUCCCAACCACCUCUGCCCUGUCUGGGAGGACAUAGCUCUAAGAGGGCUGGACAUUGUGGAAAGAUCCGGAAAGGUUAGUUUCAAUCUUGUAUACUCAGGUGGCCUGCCUUUUUUUUAAAGCUCUUUUUAUAUUUGUUCCUUAAUCUCCUUUGUUUGUUCAUGUUCUAAGGAUUUGUGUACACUACCCUGACCACUACCGGUGCCAAUUGGAAACUACAAAUUUUGCCUUUGACUGCUGUGUUUCCCUGCUCUGUUGGUGGCUUCUGGGACUGUGGGAAAGAAUGGAAAAGGAGCCCACUGAAUGGCAAAUUGUCAGGACUGCCAUGGUGGGGAGGGUUGGUCAUUAAUUAUAGGUAUAACAAUAAAAUAUCAGAGAUUAUGAAUCCAAAAUGUUCAGUCUUGAAGCGGCCCUGUGUUUUGUACAACUGAGCCGCCUGAGUGGGCUGCCAUGUUUAAGAUCCAAUAGUCUUGGAUAGAGUUUUGAUUUGAAUAACAUAAAAGUUGUUGUAAACAAUUUCUUGUCAUUGCAUUUUACUAUCUUUGGAGGAAUACAGGACCAUGGUAAUGCCUAUGUGGACUAGAGUCAAAUUUAACAACAAAAUAUAAAGCUUUACUAAUUAUAUAUAGAUUUUAAAUAGAAGUCAUGUAUAUUUAAUUUAUUUUGGUAAGCAAAAAGUAAUGUAUAAUAUGUUCAUCAGGCAUUUAAAUACCUACUUUGAUCCAAAAGAUAAACAAUUGAUGCCAUUUUGUUCCUAUAGAUGCCAUGUAAGCUAUGUAGUAUACAUCAAGUACAUUGUCAAUGCUAUAUUUGUAUGUGCUGUUUAAAGGACAAAUAUGUUAUUAGCAAUCUGUGUAUUGACAAUCCUGUACAGUCUACCCUCUUUUUAAGUUGAAAGUGCUAGUAAAAGUUUAUUCAUUUGGAGACAUUUUAAUCAUUUUAUCAUUAUUAAAAGGAGAAGAAAAAACACUGUUCAUUGUCAUUGUUUGAAAUAAAGUAUUUGACCCAUUAUUAUAAUAUACCACCUCUGCAUCAUAAUAAUGUUUGUCUCCAUAACACUUUAAAUAACUUUAAAUAACCUGCUCCUGCUUCCUUAUACAGGUACCUUAGGGGACUACAAGAAAGAUGUGCUGUAACUGAGUAUUUUUCAUAUUUUGCAAAUAAAUGGUUGCAGAGGCUGCAUCAAUGGUUUAGGCCCCAUGGAAUUGGAAGUCCUAACCAACUCCAAUCCUUUAUCUCUCCUGCCUGAACACACAGUUUAAGAUAUACAGUAUCGCUGCUGAGCGGGCAGUUUAGACGUUAUCACUGCUGAACUUACAGUUUCGAAACCAUCACUGUUGAGCAUAUAAUAUAGAGAAUAUUACCCCUUAACCCAGAGUUUCAUCCAAGGUCACAGGUCUCAUGCUGAAGCCAGGGGGGCUAACUAUUGCAUCAUUUUUUCCUGCUGACCAGCAGACAUGCCAACAUGCACCCUGCUUCUGCGUAACGGCCGAAGCUAAGCAAGUGUGGGCUUGGUUAGUACUUGGAUGAGAGACCACCUGGGAAAACUAAGUUGCAGCUGGACGUGGUGUUGGUGAUCCAGCAGGGGGCAGUCUUCCCUCUGGUCGAAUAAACCCCAAUGCCCCAGAGCUGUGAGGGGGACACUGUGCUAUUGGAAAUUCCGUCUUUCGGACGAGAUGUUAAACCGAGGUCCUGACUCACUGUGGUCAUUAAAGACCCGAUGACACUUGAGCAAAGAGUAGGGGCUUCCCCAGUGUUCUGGCUAAAUUCCCAACGUGGCUCUCUCCAACUAGCGACCUAAUCAUCCCCUGAUAUAAUUGGUUAAAAAAAUGUUCUCUCCCUCUCCACCUUAACCAAUGUGUGGUGAGUGUUCUGUUGCAAAAUGGCUGCCCUGCAUCACCCAGGUGGGUGCUACACAUUGGUGGUGGGUAAGGUGAGGUCCCAGUCAUCACUGUAAAGCCCUUUCAGAAAAAGUGUUAUAUAAAUGUAAUGAUUCAUUCAUGAUCAAAUGGACAUGUGUUCAGAUCCUGGCCCUGUAUUUGUAUUUGUGAAAAUAACACUACAAAAAAAAAAAAAAAAAAAAACAGUACAGCACCUGUUCUCUCAGUCACUGGUGUACUGAUCUAUCAGGAGUCCCCAUUUGAAUAUUUAGCUCUUUGCAGCCAUGAAGGAUGGAGAUGAAAUUGAACUUACUGAAGUUCAAAUUGAACUUACUGAAAUAUAGAAAAUGUAUGGUGAAGUAUAAUGAAUGUAUUGUGGGUUGAUGAAAAUAUAUGAAAAUUUGAUUCUUGGAUAAACAUUCUUGUGUAAUGGACCCUAAUGAUGUCUCUUAACAGGCCUUCUAAAAAAGAGUAUAUUCUAAAAAAAAAACUAUAUGACAUCACUAAUCAUUAUAAAGAGAAAUGACAUCAAUGCAGGUUGGUCAUAUUUCAGUCAAAGCAAAAAGAACAGCCUACUUCUUGAGAAUAGUUUUUGCUGUGCUAUGCCGGUAACAAAGUAUCAAAAUGCAUACAAUGAAUCAGAUGUUACAUUUCAGUCUUUACACCUCCAUACCAGCAAAAAACCAGGGGUCAAAUUGUUAAACAUUAAUUUGAACAGAUUUUAAGUUGUACAUAAGCUCAAGUCCACAGCAGCAUGGCGAUUUAUAAAAUGUAUGCUUCUAUAUAGGUUCCUGAGCACACAUACAAAAAAUUCCUUGGUGGUGCAGCUGUAUUGGAGGUAUUAGACCAAUGUUUUUCCUAUAGCUAUAUAGGGUGAAUAAUGGAAGAGGAAUGUGGUGAUUUCUCAAUAAAAGAUGUAAAUGUAUGUUUAACAUUAAUUUAUUAAUUUAUAUGCACAUUUUAAAUAUUCUUGUUUGCGGUUUGCUUUUGGCUUAGAGGUGCGCUUUGGACUGUUGCUAAGUAGUUUUUACAAACAUUAUUGCUUUGUUUUCCCUUAAUUUCUUCAAGUAUUGAAAAUAUAUUGGUUAUUUCUCUCCAUUUCUUCAAUAUUGCAGAUCCCCUGUCAAUUAUUAAAGUUACUCUGACCCAAGAAGCCUACAAGGGCAACAUUGUUCCAGCUUAUUCCAGCGCUUCACUUCUACUGUGCCUUUCAGACCCCUUCACUUUUUCCACAUUUUGUUACGUGACAGCCUUAUUCUAAAAUUGAUUACAUUUGUUUUUAUUCUCAUCAAUCUACACACAAUUCCCCAUAAUGACAAAGCGAAGACAGGUUUUUAGAAAUUUUUGCAAAUUAAUUAAAAAAACACUGAAAUAUCACAUUUACAUAAGUAUUCAGGCCCUUUGCUAUGACACUCAAAAUUGAGCUCAGGUGCAUCCUGUUUCCAUUGAUCAUACUUGAGAUGUUUUAACAACUUGAGUCCACUUGUGAGAAAUUCAAUUGAUUGGACAUGAUUUGGAAAGGCAUACACCUGUCUAUAUAAGGUCCCACAGUUGACAGUGCAUGUCACAGCAAAAACCAAGCCAUGAAGUUGAAUUGUCCAUAGACCUCCAAGACAGGAUUGUGUCGAGGUACAGAUCUGGGGAAGGGUACAAAAAAUUUUCUGCAGCAUUGAAGGUCCUGAAGAUCUCAGUGCCCUCCAUCAUUCUUAAAUGAAAGAAGUUUGGAACCACCAGAACUCCUCCUAGAGUUGGCCACCCGGCCAAACUGAGCAAUCUGGGGAGAAGGGCCUUGGUCAGGGUGGUGACCAAGAACCAGAUGGCCACUCUGACAAAACUCCAGAGUUCCUCUGUGGAUAUGGGAGAACCUUCCAGAAGGACAACCAUCUCUGCAGUACUCAACCAAUCAGGCCUUUAUGGUAGUAUGGCUAGACGAAAGCCACUCCUUAGUAAAAGACACAUGACAGCCCCCUUGGAGUUUACCAAAAGGCACCUAAAAGAGAAACAAGAUUUUCUGGUCUGAUGAAACCAAGAUUGAACUCUUUGGCAACAAUUCCAAGCGUCACGUCUGGAGGAAACUAGGCACCAUGGCCGUACCCACCAUUGAGGCCCCCGAGGUCAGGACCUCUGUAUUUUUUCCAAGGUGUAUAUAAUAAAAGUCGUGAAAUUGUCUAAAAAUAACUUGGCGCGGCAAAGAUAUUGUACAACGCCAAGAUAACCGACUUCCUCAUCUGGUCGCCGUCAUUGCUUGUGUGUGUGCAUGGGUGGGUGGUGAAGUGGAUGAUCUUGUCGUUACUACAAAAUCUUUACUCAACACAGUGGUUCUUUGAUCAACAACUUAAGGAAACCCGACAGGUAACCACUCAAUCCAUGCGAAGCAUGAUGUAGGGUGCGUUCGCAAAUAAGCUCGCGGCAGAGCGCACUCCAUAACAUUACUGGGCUGUUCGUAAAUUCUGAGCGCUUUUAGAAUGUUAUUCAGAGCACCGCCCUCUCGGAGUGUCCAGAGCGUACUCUGGGCACCUUGUAUCAGGAGACGGAGCAGCAGAGCUCAGAUCUAUAGUCUCUAAACCUGAAGCUAGACGUUUGAUAGGCUAGCUCACGAAAUUUAAUAUAAUGUUAAAUUGUUUAGCUAACUAGCUGCAAUUGUCACAAAUAGGAUAUUUCCAACUUACAUUACUCUAGCUGUAUCGGCAUCAUCAUCCUCACUGUCCACAAUUUCUUGCACAAGAGGCGCUACAUUGUUUUCAGUCAUAAAUAUUGAUCUUUUUAUUUCGUCCAUUUUUAUCAGCCAGUUUAGGUCAACUGACAGUUUUCCCGUUCGUAAAUUCGUAUAGGAAUAGAACGCUCUAUUUCUUGGAAACAUAGCCCUCUCAUUUUUGAAUAGAGUGUCAGAUUGCAUUGGACUGCUUGUUGUAGUUCAAUGUCAUUCAUCUAGACAUCAUCUGAUGAAUAGCUCCUGUGCAGUCGCGCUACGUUAAACAGUGGCCAUCCAUCAUGAUGCCGGCUAGUUUCACUUGAGUGAAUUAAGUUAAGUUAAUUCCAUCCAUCCAAUGGUAGACUGAUAAACUUUCAAUGAAAUUCUUUUCUUUAAAUUCAGUGUUUGUGUAAAAGGUUGGAAUUUGUGUUAUAAAGAGGUGGGCUACCCCUAUAUAUUUUUUUAUUUGCAUUGCAAAUGUUUCAUUUAGAAUACGUAACGUCAGCUCAUUUCAUUUCACGCUAGGAUAAUAACCUUAUACAUCCGGGCCGCUAAAUGGUGCUUUCUGCCUGUGAUCAAUGGGAAUUAUGUUUCAUGCUUGGAUUUCAGAAUAAAUCCAGCAUCG